CCAACAUACUUAAGACGAUUGAGCAGGAGCGCCGACUUGCUAGAUCCUUAUGCGCAGUUGGUCUCACAGCACGACGUUGUCAGGGUUCGCUUAGUUGUCCUGCAAACUCUUCCACCAACUUCAGGAUCCGAGUUACAAACUGCUGAAUCCGUCCCGUGAAUCUCCGUCUAGAAAAUGUCAAGGACGAAGACAUUCCUCGCCAUUGCGUUCGGCGUCUUGGUGCUGACAGAGCAGGUGGCGCCUCAGUCAACAUCAACAGGGGGAGGGGGAGCAACACAAGGGAGUGGAGAUACCAGAUUUUUCCCCGGUGCACUGAACCAAGCCCUCGCUACAGGUGGUCAACUUCUCAAUCAACUAGGUGGAGGGGCUCUUGGAGGAUUUGGAGGCAGCCCUCAAGGAGGAUUUGGAGGAUUCGGAGGUAACCCUCAAGGAGGAUUUGGAGGAUUCGGAAGUAACCCUCAAGGAGGAUUUGGAGGAGGAUUCGGAGGAAGACCUCAGGGAGGAUUUGGAGGAGGAUUCGGAGGGAGACCUCAAGGAGGAUUUGGAGGAUUCGGAGGGAGACCUCAGGGAGGAUUUGGAGGAUUCGGAGGCAGACCUCAGGGAGGAUUUGGAGGAUUCGGAGGCAGACCUCAGGGAGGAUUUGGAGGAUUCGGAGGUAGACCUCAAGGAGGAUUUGGAGGCUUUGGAAAUCAAGGAUUUGGAGGUUUCCCCCAAGGCGGUGGCUUUGGUAAGUAGCUUUCUCUUGAUUCUGAGAAACAUUUGUAAGCCAUGGUAUUGGCCUUCGGUCUUAAAGGAAGUUGGAAAUGUAAUGGGUAAUCAAUGAAUAUUUAUAAUUGCAAACAUUGUUGCCAUUUCAAUUCGUAAUCAGUAAAAAUAUUGUGAUAAUGUUGUGCAAAGUUUGACAUUUCUUUCGUGUGAAUGAAGUUUACGGAGAGAGAGAGAGAGAGAGAGAGAGAGAGAGAGAGAGAGAGAGAGAGAGAGAGAGAGAGAAUCAUAUUUCAUAUCAUUAUUAUUGGUUGCAUGUGUAGAAUUUUAAAUAUAUCUUCGUUUUAUGUAAGAUGUGGUUAUAAAUAUCUAUAAAAUAUGACGAUUUUACAAGAAAUGGUUAGUAGCUGCUUUUCUCUUGAAAACGAAGCCUUUUCCGAGGACGUCAACUUCAAUGGUUAUCUGAAAAGGUGACUUUUUUUGGCACUAAAUAAAAUAUACUCACAUUCUCUCAUUUAUCCAUUACUUGCCACAGGAUCUCUGUUUCCUUUCAAAGUACUUCACUCUUUUAAGAGAAGAAAAUUCUCAUCCAUAGAGUUUAUGGAAUUGCUUUCACCAUUUCUUGAAAAAUGUUACAGCACCUAAAUAAAAUCUGACCGUCGCAUAACAA